UCAAGAUAUUUUAAUUGAGAUAUUAUUAUGUUUAGCAUAUUAUUUGAUACCGAUUUCGUUUACUGAUCUACAAAUGAGAAAAAACGCAACUUCUCAUGGAGGUAAAUCAACGAAGAACGAAACUUUAGCCCGUGGUAAUAAGAGCAUGGCUACUAACACUUCGAAAACUAAAACCGUGAGAGGUGUUAUAAACAAGGAUAACACUAAUACUAGCGUGGCAAAGUCAACAAAAGUAACGAAAGAGAAAGGGGGAACAAAAUUAUCUAAAGAAGGAAGGGAUGAUUUUGUCACCCAAGAUCCACAAGCCAUCGAUAUGAUGGAUGCUGCCGAAUCAGGAUCUAUUUCACCCAAAAGAGAGGAGGAUACUACCAAAUUAUCAUGGGGAUGUAAAGAGAAGAAUAAAAUUCCAUUGGCCGCUGCUUCAGCAAGCAAACGUUGUAUAGCGGUGAACAUGUCACAUUAUGUCUUAAAAAGGUUGAUUGCAGCUCAGUGUGAUGGAUCAAGUAUGAAAAUUAAAGUUGCAAAGGAUAUUAAAGAUAUUGAAAUUACACUUAAUGGAAAAGAUAAGUUUCAAUUUACAAAAACACCCGUGGAAAAAUUAUCAAAAAUUCUUUUGUUGAGCAGAAAUAAGAUGGAGGUAGUCGGGGAUAUCAAAUACCAAGUUACAAGUACAAAAGAUUCGAAUCGCAAAGCAAAAAUGGAUCUAGCGACUAAAAGGCUGAAUACUGCUUAUAAAGAGGAAAAGAUAAAAAAGGAAAAAAGAAGAAUCCAAGUGAUAGAUCCGCUACCAGAUCCUGAUGUGGUGAAAUCGAAAAGCACAAAAACCAAUCGUCCCAAACGAAAAGAGCCGGGCAUGUCAUAUUGUGUACCAGCUUCAUCAUCGUUUAUUUCAAACGAUGAUACGUCAGGUGUUCCACUUAGGAAGAGAGUUGUCCAUCUAAUUGCGUCCACCGAAUUAACCCCUGAUCUAUUAAACACCGAUCAGAUUGUGAAGAAAGUUAAAGAUAAUAAAGAAAAUGUGCAAAAAGUAUUGGAAGAGGUUGCGGAACAUACAAAAAAGGGUUGGAAGCUUACGAAUAACGCCUGGUUGACGCUUGAACCAUACACUUGGUUUAGUUAUGGGCAAAAAGUGGUUAGUGGUGUUGUUCAAAAAAUGAACGAAGUCGCAGACGAAAUGGGCUUACCUCCAGAUGCGCCUCAACGACCUCGUCCACCCAAGCAUACUCUCCCCCCCAAUCAUUCUACGAAUAUUGAUGUUGGAGAGUCUUCAUCUAGAAAACGUCACAAGAUUAGUUCAGGAGCAUAUUCAGAAAUUCAGCAAAGCAACGAUGUUUUGCUUCCUGGAACUAUUAGGGGUGCCAAAACUAUUCGAGGUGGGAAAAGUACAAAGGGACGGGGCGCUAAAACUCUUACUAGUUUACAAAAACAUGAUGAUGAUAUAGAUUAUGAUGCUAAAAGUGUUCUUUCAACUCGAGGUGCCAAAUCUAUUCGAGGUCGUGGUAACAAGACAACAGCAACUACAAUCGCUUCCUUAACAGCUGAACCAACUACAAGUCAUUCAAUUCAAACGACUACUCGAGCCAAAAGAGGAAGGCCACUUGGCUCGAAAACUUCUCGUGCUAAUAAGACUUCAACUUUAAAAGGCACAAUAGCAUUAUCAAAUAUUGAACCAUCUAAGCAAGAAAAGCAAGAAACUACUGAGGUCAAUGGCCAUACGUUAGUAAAUGGAAUUAAUAACGAAGCCAAACAAAGUAAAUACCGAGUCAAUACUUUAACUGAAUUUCGAGAUCUCAUUGAUGAGUUUAAUGCUAAGCAAGAUGAAUAUAAUGAGAUAGACUUGAAGUUAACAAACUGGAUCCCAUUGUAUGAAGAGUUGUAUCCCAGUCUCCGCAGUGCCAGACAAUCCCGUGAAAAACCUAUUAUAAAUAGGAUUAUGGAAACGUUCGGGAAUGGGAGUGAAGUUUUCAAUUUAGUUGAGCGGUUUAAUGCUCUUGAAGAAGAGCUGUAUCAAAUUUCAGCUGAGGCUUGGCGAGCAGCAAAAGAAG